AUGGUGCGGUACGAGCGUAGCGUGGAGGCGCUACUCGAUUCCGACUUCGAUCACAAUUUCUUUCUUUUUGAAAACCUUCGCUAUCAUUUUGGUAACCCAUCAGUUUUCCUUAACAGCUCGUUCUGCGAUCUGUAUAAUUUGCAAUGGUAUCGCCCGAAUCGAGAUGGCUUUACGGAACUGUACGCUUGGGUUGGUCAUACUGGUGUGACCUAUCACAAUUCACCGUUGCAUCGCUUCUUGAAACUCGAGUACACUGAAUCGUUGGCUGAACAAAGUGCAUCGGUUUUCGAAUUUAGUGUUGUAAUUCGAAUUCAUUAA